GCUAGGGGACAGCCGCUACAUCUUCAAUUUAGGGGAAAAAACAAACCGUUUUUAGCGUAACUUCUGGCGUUGCACAGCUGCAGCUGGACGUAUUUUGAUAUUUUAUGGCAGCUAAAGCAGCGGAGACAACGCCUGCUGUGUGCUAGGAUAGAUAAUGUAGUUUAGUCUUUCGUUCAUCAGGUGUGACAGGCGAAGCAGAGUCUCUGGGAAGACCACCGGCUGCGACUUCUUUGAUUCGUCCCUGAAAUCAAGAACUUCACACUGGCCGCCGAAAUGGAUGAACAAAGUGUUGAGAGCAUUGCCGAGGUGUUUCGCUGCUUCAUCUGCAUGGAGAAACUGAGGGAUGCUCGUCUCUGCCCACACUGCUCCAAACUCUGCUGCUUCAGCUGCAUAAGACGGUGGCUGACGGAGCAGAGAGCCCAGUGUCCACACUGUCGGGCUCCGCUCCAGUUGAGGGAGCUGGUCAACUGUCGCUGGGCAGAAGAGGUCACCCAGCAGCUGGACACCCUGCAGCUCUGCAACCUCACCAAGCAUGAGGACAACGACAAGGACAGAUGUGAGAACCACCACGAGAAGCUGAGUGUUUUCUGUUGGACCUGUAAGAAAUGCAUCUGUCACCAGUGUGCUCUGUGGGGAGGCAUGCACGGCGGACACACCUUCAAGCCUCUGGUGGAGAUCUACGAGCAGCACGUGACCAAGGUGAAGGAGGAGGUCGCCAAGCUCCGCCGGCGCCUCAUGGAGCUCAUCAGUCUGGUGCAGGAAGUGGAGAGGAACGUGGAGGCUGUCAGGGGAGCCAAAGAUGAGAGGGUCAGAGAGAUCCGAAAUGCUGUGGAGAUGAUGAUCGCUCGUCUGGACAACCAGCUCAAGAAUAAACUCAUCACCCUCAUGGGCCAGAAGACAUCUUUGACCCAGGAGACGGAGCUGCUGGAGUCUCUCCUGCAGGAGGUGGAGCAUCAGCUUCACUCUUGCAGUAAGAGUGAACUGAUCUCCAAGAGCCCAGAGAUCCUGCUCAUGUUCCAGCAGGUCCAUCGGAAACCCAUGCAGUCCUUCGUCACCACGCCGGUCCCUCCAGACUUCACCAGUGAGCUGGUUCCUGCCUAUGACUCCAGCACUUUUGUUCUGGUCAACUUCAGCACCCUGAGGCAGCGGGCCGACCCAGUCUACAGCCCUCCUCUACAGAUAUCUGGGCUCUGCUGGAGACUCAAAGUCUACCCAGACGGUAACGGUGUGGUCCGUGGAAACUACCUGUCUGUGUUCUUGGAACUGUCUGCUGGACUCCCUGAAACCUCAAAGUAUGAGUACCGUGUGGAGAUGGUCCAUCAGGCCUCCAGUGACCCAACCAAGAACAUCAUUCGGGAGUUUGCCUCUGACUUCGAGGUUGGUGAAUGCUGGGGCUACAACCGCUUCUUCAGACUGGACCUUCUGGCCAGCGAGGGCUACCUGAACAUGCAGACGGACACACUGGUCCUCCGCUACCAGGUUCGCUCACCCACCUUCUUCCAGAAGUGCAGAGAUCAGUACUGGUACAUCAGCCAGCUGGAGUCGGCCCAGAGCGGCUACAUCCAGCAGAUCAACAACCUCAAAGAGAGGUUGGCCAUCGAGCUGUUUCGCCGUCAGACGUCGCGCAGCUCCUCGCCCCCUGAGAUGAGGCUCGCCGCAGGCCCCACAGCCUCUGAAAGAGACCCUCGCUCGGUGAAGAGCGAUGACGACAUCCAGACCACUUUGACCAACGCUAAAAAAGGCGAAGAAGAAGAGAGGACGCAGCACGAUGACUCAAAUGAGCUGUCGGACGGUGACUUGGAGGUGGACUGUCUGACCGAAGAGGAGGUGAACCCGCUGGAUGGCAGCAGCACCUCUGGGAGCUCCACGGCCACCAGCAACACCGAGGAGAACGACAUAGAUGAGGAGACCAUGUCAGGAGAGAAUGAUGUAGACUUCAUUGGGAACCUGGAGGCUGAAGAAGGAGAGCUUCCUGAUGACUUGGCGGGAGCAACAGGUGGAUCCAGCUCCAUUUCCUUGUGUGCCUUACAUCGCAGCGCUGCUGCCCCUCGCAGUGGCAGUAGUAGUGGAGCUGCGUCCGGUGGUGCUGUUGGUCAAGGCAGCAACAGUCUCCUGGACAUCGACCCGGUCAUUCUGAUCCAGCUGCUGGAUCUGAAGGAGCGUAACAGCGUGGAGUCUCUGUGGGGCCUCCAGCCUCGGCCUCCCGUAUCUCUGCUGCACAGCCAAGCUCAUCCUCACUCCAGGAAAGAACGAGAGCGGCGGCCUCAGGUGGUGCGACGAUCGGCUCCAGACUCGGGGGUCCUGAUCCGCCUCAAGGCUCAGAUGGCAGAGGUCCGCAGCAAGAUGUCUGACGUCAAGAGUCAAGUGCUGGAGGCUCGGGGGACUGGAGAGACCAGGCCUGGCCUAUCGGGGGGCUUCAGCGUGGAGGAAGCCCCCUCUCAUCAUGCUGAUCCAGAGUUGUCAGCUUGUCGUAAGCCCAGUGAGCUGGAGCUGCUGGGGAGGGCAGCUGCAGCUCGGUCCAGGCCCUGCCGCCCCGCCAGGAAAUCUCUGUCUCCUGUCCUGGACAGCAGCACCAGCAGCAGCAGCUCUCUGGUGGUGAAGAGGAGGAGUCCAGAGGGGAUAGAGAAGGACCUGAGGGGGGGCGAUGUGGCCACAGAGCUCAGCCUGCAUCUUAAAGACGGGCUGGGAGGUGCAGACGGUGGGCUGAAGGCUGACACCGCCCAGGGCCCCCUUGUGUCUCUCGGCGGCUCCUCCUCAGAGCAGCAGGCUUCAACCUCCAAGCAGCAGUAUUCGGUGGAGCAGCAGCUGUACGGGGCCUCGGGGUCUAGGGACGACAUCUUCUCCUUGGGGGGGCCGAGCUACGUGACUGCCAGCAAGAACUGUGGCAGUAGGACCCUGGGGGCAGCCAUGUUGCAGUGUGAACCUGAAAGCUCAGGGAACUCCCAUCAUUCCCUGCUGGAGGGGCCGUCUGCACAGCCACAGUCAAAUGAAGAUCAGUCGCCGUCUGUCCUGGUGGCCGCAACGAGCAGCGACAGUGACUCUGAGGACGAGGCCCUGCAGAGCAACAACUCUCGCUACGACAACCAGACUCCUCCCUGCACAGGAGAGCAGCUUCUGUCUGAUGACAUGAGUCUGCCUGCUGACAGGUGAUUCCCUCUGAAACACACUGCUUUAUCCUCAGCGGCCACACGGCGAAGCAAUAGCGGCCCGGAGACGGCCCGCAGGCUUAAUGUUGCACCCACCUGUAGAGUAGAACCUGCUUGUUAUGCAUGAAGACGACUCAACGACUCCCAGACCUUUCCUUUGGUGUCCUGAAUCUUUUCAGAAAUGACAGAAACCAUAACGACGGCCAGUAUUUCAGCUGGCCAACAGUUCAGGUGACCACAUAAUAGCAAUGUCAUUAAUAUUGUGUGAAUACAGUGGAACUGAACCAACAUUUCAAUCUUUUCACCUUCUUUUAACCUUUUGAUUUUCACCGUAUUUCUUGCAUUAUCUUUCUAAUGCAACGUUCUGUCGGUUCUUUCAUGGACCGUUCAGUAAAUACUUCAGAGGAAAACAUGCAAGUGUGCAUGUUUGUGCAAUGAUUGAAUCUCCGCUGGUUUUAUUUUGCAAACCCUAACCCUUACAUUUGACCUGAGCUACAGGGCAUUUAGUCACUUUAAUUCACUUUAAUCUGCGCACAUCUGCACACCCUCUCAGUGUAUAAAUGCUUUUGUAAAUCAAGUCCACGGCAUAUUUGCAGGAGUCUGGGCAGAAACAGCCUGUCGAUAGGAGCUCAGUGUUUUUAUAACGGCUUGCUGUUGAUGUUGCGUUCAGUCUGUCUGGGCUUUAGUCUCCACACCUACUCGUCUUCAUCCAGCCAUGUCCCUGCCACCACCCAGCGUCGCCGCCAAAAAGACGAUUCACUCCUCAAAUGCUCAGUUUAAAGGAAUACGCCACCGUUUGUUGAAAUAGUUCUUAUCACGGUCUCCCCUGGCUGUAGAUAGGUGGGCCAACGCAUUUUUUGUCUCAGUGC